AUGGGGAGAUGGGGAGCUGCCCUUAUACUCUCCACUAUCAAAUCUGCCUCCAAAUCGACUAAAAUCCCUAAAAUAGGCGGAACCCAUUUUCGAGAAUCCCCAAAUUCAUCACCAAUUUCGAAUUAUUUACAGCGUUUCAGGUCAUUUUCUGCCCUCCCAUCGCCCUCGCCGUCGCCGGACUUCGCUGAAGAAUUUGAUCUCAGGUUACAUGGUUUCGAUCAGAACAACAUUGUGGAGGAGGAGGAGGAACCUACGGAGGAUGAUGCUGUUGGGAAAAUCCCAGUUAAAGCUUUUUUUAUAUGCACCAGUAUUGAUUUGAAAGGUUUGCAAGCUGAGAAUUCAAGAUAUUUCAUUCCUCCAACCUCACGCUCAUUGAAUUCUAUUGCUCUCAGGUUUUCCGAUCCCCCCUGGAAAAAUGGAGGUGUGGUAGGAGAAAGUACGAGUGGCUACCGUUAUAUGGUCGUUUAUCAAUAUGGUUCGGCAGUGCUCUUUAACGUGCCGGAACAUGAAGUUGACUUUUACCUGCAAGCUGUUAGUAGACAUGGUUCUGGGCUACUUACAGAUAUUAGAAAAGAUGAUUAUGCUGUGAAAGAGAAGCCUUUGGCAGUCGAGGACAUGCAGGGAGGUCCAGAUUACAUUGUACUGAAAAAACUCGACAUAGAUAGCAUUCGCAUUAUUAGUAGUGUGCUCGGCCAAAGCAUAGCUCUUGAUUAUUUUGUGUCGCAGGUUGAUGGUAUGGUUGAAGAGUUUGCAGAGAUAAAUCGGGGAAUGGAGAAAACGGGCACUUUCACGAUGACCCGGAAAAAGCUGUUUCAGCUUGUUGGGAAGGCCAAUUCGAAUUUAGCUGAUGUCAUUCUUAAAGUUGGUCUGUUUGAAAGAUCGGAAAUUGCUUGGAAAGAUGCAAAAUAUGCGCAAAUACUCGACUACCUUCGUGAGGAAUACGAAGUCACUCAGCGAUUUGGAAACCUUGAUUUCAAGUUGAAAUUUGUCGAGCAUAACAUUCAUUUUCUUCAAGAAGUGCUACAAAACCGGAAGUCGGAUUUGCUCGAAUGGUGCAUUAUAGUCUUGUUGUCCAUCGAAAACGUGAUUUCCGUGUGUGAGAUUGUUCGCGACACUAUGGGCUCUUCUAUCUGA